AUGAAGUUGGCCGUCCUCCCCCUUCUCCUCCUCUUGUGGAUGUCCUGCUCGCCGUCCCUCGCCAACGUCGCCGCACCAAGUGAAUUUGUAUCCUUGGCGGAGAUGGAGGACGCCCUGCUGAAGAACCUUUUCCAAGGCUACCAACGCUGGGUCAGGCCAAUACAGCGCGCCAACGACACUGUUAAAGUACGCUUUGGACUCAAGAUCUCCCAACUGGUCGAUGUGGACGAGAAGAACCAGCUCAUGACAACUAAUGUUUGGCUUUGUCAGGAGUGGAUCGAUUACAAGCUGCGAUGGAAUCCAGAGAAAUACGGAGGAAUCACCUCUAUCAGAGUUCCCUCUGAAAAUAUCUGGCUCCCGGACAUUGUCCUCUAUGAGAAUGCUGAUGGGCGGUUUGAGGGCUCUCUGAUGACCAAAGCCAUUGUCAAGUUCAACGGUACCAUCACGUGGACGCCCCCUGCAAGUUACAAGUCCGCCUGCACCAUGGACGUCACCUUCUUCCCUUUUGACCGCCAGAACUGCUCCAUGAAGUUUGGCUCCUGGACCUAUGAUGGCAACAUGGUGGACCUGGUUCUGAUGGACAACCAGGUAGACCGGAAGGACUUCUUCGAUAAUGGGGAGUGGGAGAUCCUAAGUGCCACUGGUGCCAGAGGGAACCGGAAGGACGGCUUGUAUUCAUACCCUUUCAUUACUUAUUCCUUUAUUCUGAAGAGGCUGCCGCUGUUCUAUACCCUCUUCCUCAUCAUCCCUUGUUUGGGUUUGUCCUUCCUGACAGUCUUGGUGUUUUACCUUCCCUCAGAUGAAGGAGAGAAGCUGUCACUUUCUACCUCUGUCCUUGUGUCGCUCACUGUGUUCCUCCUGGUCAUAGAGGAGAUCAUCCCGUCUUCCUCCAAGGUGAUCCCUCUCAUUGGCGAGUACCUGCUCUUUAUUAUGAUCUUCGUCACGCUCUCAAUUAUUGUCACCGUCUUUGUCAUCAACGUCCACCACCGUUCCUCGGCCACCUACCACCCCAUGUCGCCAUGGGUUCGUAACCUCUUCCUCCAGAAACUGCCAAGGUUGCUCUGCAUGCGUGGACACAUUGACCGCUACCACUAUCCAGAACUGGCUCCUGAAAGCCCCGAGCUGAAGCCUCGCUCUGGAGGUCGGAGGGGAGGGCAGAGGAGCGGAGCCCACGGACAGACGACUUCUGAGGGGAAGGAAGACGAAGCUUGGGCAACCAUGUUGGAGAAGGCCAUCUAUUCAGUGCGGUAUAUCAGCAGACACAUCCGCAAGGAGCACUUCAUCCGUGAGGUGGUUCAAGACUGGAAGUUUGUGGCCCAGGUGUUAGACAGGAUCUUCCUAUGGGCUUUCCUCACUGUCUCAGUACUGGGUACCAUCCUCAUCUUCACACCAGCUCUACAGAUGUUCUUGAAAAUCCCUCCUCCAACUGCAAGUGAGGAUCCACCUUCAGACUAGUGGCAAGAACACACUCCUUUCACAGGCAACUGACGAUCCACCUUCAAGAAUCUUUAAAACAUUUGCUACCACUAAGCGAGAGCCAACCCCUACAGGUGAACUUUAAGUUGUAGUUAGUUUUCUUCUCUAAAUCCACUGUGUAAAAUGUUCUGUAUGUCAUUAAGUCAGUAAGUGUACAAUUAUAUUUAUUUAUUUAUUAUACUGGUAUAAUGUUUUGUUCAUAGAUAAAUAGGACAAACUUGGUGCAGCUGUUGCAUUAGAGCCUGUUAAUUACUAAAGCCAUAAAAUUCUACACUAUUUACACUAUAUAGCCAUACUGUAGUGGCUUUAAGUAGCAUUCAGCUGUUAGUACACUAGAUUACACAUGCUGGUCAUGUUAGACAGGUAGAUAAGCUAAAACUCAAUGAAAUUUGAAAAGAAAGUGUUAAAGAAGUAACACAACCCCAACUAACUUAAUUCAACAUAGAGGUAAAUUAUAAAAAAUUUAUAUCAUUGGCUUGAAUAUGUACUUAGCUGACUUCCACAUUAUUAUUAUAUGUUUCUAAUUGACAUUACCUU